UAUUGUUAAUCACAAUGUGUCGAAUGAAGACAAGAUUAAUCGUGCUCAACAUUCUAAUCAGAGUGAUGAUAGUCGCUAGAAGUGACUUUUCUGCUACUCGUGAUGAUGAUAUAGACCGACUCUUAAAAAAACUCAAUAAACCUGCUCUUAAAUCCAUGAAGAUGAGACCAAGUUCUUACCCAGAAGAAUGGAGUAAUUUAUCUUCAAACUCUAAGGAACAACCGAGUACGGUGACUCAACUCUGGACAAUCAACGGAAAAUGUCCAAAAAAUAGUAUUCCAAUAAUAAGAACUAGAAGAGAAGAUAUUUUACGAGCAGAAUCGAUCGAAAGAUAUGGAAAAAAAUAUUUUAACAACAUUCAUAACCUUAAACAAGAAAAUGCAACUGAAUAUCAUGAGUAUGCCAUAAUUAAAGUGAAGGGAAAGUUUUACGGUGGAAGAGCGCUUAUAAAUGUGUGGAAACCUUUUGUGCAAACAACAAGAGAGUUUAGCUUAGCACAAAUGUGGGUUAUGGGUGGUAUUCAUGAUUCUCAAUUUAACACCAUUGAAGCUGGUUGGCAGAGUGAUGGGUACCAGACAACAGGAUGCUACAAUCUUGCUUGUCCAGGCUUUGUUCUCAUCAACCAAAAAUUUGCUAUAGGUGCGCCUGUUAGGGAGGUUUCUACCUUGGACGGUCAACAAUAUCAUAUUCCCACAACUAUAUGGAAGGAUCCCCGUUCUGGGCAUUGGUGGUUAAAAUUUAGUACUCAUACACUUGUCGGGUAUUGGCCUGCCUCAUUGUUCAAUAAAUUUCAAAAUGGUGCAACUGAAGUUCAUUGGGGAGGCGAAAUAUUAGAUUUUAAAGAUGGUUCAAGGCACUCAUGGACGCAAAUGGGGAGUGGUCGUUUCGCUAAAGAAGGGUAUCAAAAGGCUAGUUAUUUUAGAAAUGUUGAGGUAAUUAAUGAACGUGAAAUUCCACAACAACCUGUGGGAGCAUAUCCUGUGGCGACGCACAAGAAUUGUUACACUGUCGAACUUGGCAAUCAUCUUGUAUGGGGAACUUUUUUUUAUCAUGGUGGUCCCGGCCGAAACCCUAAUUAUAUAUAUAUA